AAGGCAAGGAGUUCUUUUCCAAUUCAUCAACCAGACAGAGGGAGGGAGACAGAUUUCAUCUCUAAAACCCACUCCUGAGAAUGCAGAAAUCAUUGAAAAGUCUGUCUAAAAUUCUUAAAAAUACCAACUCAUUACAAGAAUGUCGUUUAGGUCCUCCUCCUUCUCCUUGGCUCAAAACCACCACAAGAAGAGACUUAUUCAAUUCUUCUUCUUCUUCUUCUUCUUCUUCUUCUUCUUCUUCUUCGUUUACUAAACCCCCACCUCCCUCUUCAAUCGAAAACUUCUUCUUCUCUUCGACUCCAUCAAAAUCAAACCCAGUAUCGCAUACCCUUUGGAAAUCUCAAACCAGAAAUUUCAUCAAUCGUGGAAUUCUUUUUGCAAAAAGUAGUAAUUUUUCUAAGAAUGGAUUUAGUUUUGGAUUAAAACAAGGUUACUUCACUCUGAGUCGUCCCUCUAGGAACUCAUGGUUUCCAUCAGCAAAAGGUGUUCUUUGGGGGUUGAUUGGGGCUAAUGUUGCUGUCUUUAUGUUGUGGAGGGUUGCUGAUCGUUCAUUCAUGAAAGAGAACUUCAUGAUUUCAGUGGAUAACUUCAAAAGUGGACGUGUACAUACGAUGAUUACUUCUGCGUUCAGUCAAAUAGAUAUUGAACAUCUUUUCAGUAACAUGCUUGGCCUUUACUUCUUCGGACAAUCAAUUGGACAGAUAUACGGACCACAGUUCCUGUUGAAGUUGUAUCUAGCUGGGGCAAUUGGUGGCUCGAUAUUCUACCUGGUACAUCAUGCUUUCAUGCACCCAUCAAGAAAGAGCUCCAGUUCGUUUUUUGUGGAUCCUUCGUCAAUCCCUGCAUUGGGUGCAAGUGGUGCUGUGAAUGCUAUUGUACUGCUUGAAAUAUUUCUUUUUCCAAAAGCUACACUCUAUUUCAAUUUCUUCCUACCAGUCCCAGCAAUUUUAUUGGGAGCUAUGAUAAUUGGAAAAGAUUUAUACAGGAUGCAACAGGAGGACGGUCAUAUCUCAGGAGAAGCUCACUUGGGAGGUGCUACAGUUGCUGCCAUUGCGUGGGCAGGGAUCAAAAGAGGAUGGUGGAUUUGAGUCCAUUAGCAGUAUUUAGUCUAGAAUGAGAGAUAGGUUGCAUAUCCUAGGAGGGGAAUAAAUUUAUUUUCGUUUAAUCCCCAGAUUUCUGGUAAAUAUGGUAGUUCAAACAGUUGCAUUAUGGAGAAACAAAAUACGGUCUCUUCUAACAAGAAGUGCAAUACUCAAGAAUUCACAUCGAGUUGGAUGUUAAGAUAUCUGCACUCGUUAACUGCAAGAAAAAUAUUUCAGUCCAAGUGUAUCAGUUUUAGAAGUUGUGUUGGUAUCGAGUUCGAUAACAAAUGUGUGUUUCAUUCCAAUCACCAAUUAGCUUGGCAUGAAGUCAUCAACUUUUCAAAAAAUGUCUCA